CUCCGCUCGCUGCUCGCGCCGCAGGCACGAGCCGCGCGCAGAUGCUUUCAUUCUCAACUUCCAGGGUCGCGAGAGCACGACGCCGAGGAGCCGCGCACGAGGAGGGAAAACUCCGCCGUUUGUUUAGUUUAUUUGACGUCGUUGUUGUUUACUCCCGGUGAAAUGUCAGUCCGGUUGGUGCUGCUGUGCGCCGCGUUGGCGGCGACUGGAGCUCGCAGGAGUUCACCGGAGCAGGAGGAUGUUCAGGAGAAAAUCAACAGCGCCAGAUGCACGUCCAGGUGCCUGACGCUGCACAUGACCCAGCUAACGGCCGCCUUCAGACACCUCCAGAGUGACCAAGUUCUGGUUUGGUGUGAAAACCACAGGCGCUGCGCUCAGUGUCUUCAACCAUGCAAAGAACUGUGGGAAACCAGGAGGGUGCUGUCUCCAAAGUCCUGUGAGAAACAGACGGAGUGUGUAACGAGCAGGGAGUUUCUGGCCUCCCUUAGGUCGUCUCGUCAGGGCGACUGCCCUCCACCUCAGCGAGCCACAGGAUUUGCUGCUGCCUGUGUGGAGAGCUGCUCAUCAGACCAGCAUUGUCCAUCCCCCAGGAAGUGCUGUGCCAAUGGCUGUGGACACACUUGCCAAGCCCCAGCCAAUCUAUAUAAAGGUGUUCCUCUGAAGCCUCGCCGAGACAUGAGUUUUGUGGAGGAUGCAGAGGGUCGUGUGAAGGUGUUGUGGGUGUCAAAGUUCAAUGUCAGUGUGGAGCCGAUUGUUUACAUGCUUCAGUCUCGCUGGAACAUCGGCAUUCACCCCAGUGAAGACCAUGCCUCUCCAUGGACUACUGUUGCCAUGACUCUCUCUGAAGAUGUGGUGCUGUCAGACCUGAGACCUCAGCGUUGGUACCAGUUUAGAGUAGCAGCCAUCAACAGUCAUGGCAGCAGAGGUUUCACCACACCGAGCAAACACUACAUCUCCACUAAAGACCCUUCACCUCCAGAACCUCCGAUAAAUGUCAGAGUCAGCAACCAGACUCUAGACUGGACAGGUUCACAACCUGCAUCCCAGUUCACAGAAAGGUCGAGGGGAAGUGGGGUCACGGUUGCUGUCUUAUUACGCUGGGAGCCUCCCAGGGAGGGAGACCUGCCUGUCCACAACUACAGAAUCACCUGGAUGUCUCGACAUACACACACAGUGCAUAAACACACACACACACUGCAAGCUUAUCCAGUGCUCAACAACAUGCACACACGACCUUCACACUCACGCACAGCAGAACAGGCUAAAAAGGAGGGCAACAGCAAAGUGACUCAGGGGGCGCAGUGUGAGCUGUGGCUGCAGGGCCUGCUGCCUGCUACCUCCUACAUCCUCUCUGUCCAGACGGUGGCCUACUGGGGUCAGAAGAGGCUGAAGAGUCACAGAGUCCAACUUGUUUUCACUACCAUCACUCAUACAGGUGAAGACUUCUCCAAUGAGCUCCCCUCCUCCUCAUCAUCAUCAUCAUCAUCUUCUUCAUCACUUCCCUCUUCUCCUUCUCUCUCUUCCUCCUCCUCACCUUCUUCCCCUGACCUCUCCAUCUCCUCCUCUGUGCCUCACCCUGAAUCCCCCAUGAACCCUGUCACUCCUGGAAACCUGCGGCUGGAGGUCGCUGCUCCUCAUUACCAUGACAACCAGCUGCAGGUGAAGGUGUUCUGGAAGUGGCCUUACCACGUUACUCCCAGACAGAGACACCCUGGUCCAUACAUUCUACGCUGGCGUCCACAUACCUGCAGUACUAAUGUGACGAGCACAGAGAGAACAACAACAGUGCAGGGCACCCAUCAAACCAUUACAGGCCUGCUCUUUGCCUGUAAGUACCGGGUCGCCGUGGCAAUGAAGGCUGACCCAGGGUCAGAGGCUGUUGCCUGGGUUACAACCCCAACUUGCUCCUCCAUCAGGGUCAGAGGAGGCAAAGCUUUGCCCUGCAACAAUGAGGAGCGCCUCCUGGCUGGCAGAAAGGUGGUACUGCGUCCCGAACGGCUCACUGCAGACUUUCAACAAGUCAAUGGCACUCUGCUCAGUAUGUUUCGCUGGAGGAUGUCCCAGCAUGCACUGGACCCGGCAGCCAUUGAGGGGUUCCAAUUCACCUGGACGCUGCAGUCGGAGGUUGCUGCGGCAACAGAGGGGCGGGAAGACACGCUAAUCUCCCAGACGCAGACAAUCGCACCGUCUGAGCGGUCGGUGACAGUUCGCGGUCUUCAGGCUGACAGUGUUUACCAGCUGCAGCUCCAGGUGCUAACAGCAGGGGGGAGCAGUGGUGCAGCCAUCUCCAAGACCAUCCGUACUCCACCUAUCAACACCACCCUCUGAUAGGCCCCAACUACAAAGCUGCCUCUGUCUGCUGCACCACAGUCAUCUUUAGCAUCGUCCACUUUGUACUGUCCUCCACUGUGCAGCAGAGUUUCAUUGCAGCUCAGGAGCAGAAAACAAGACUAAAGCUGCAGAAUAAAGAAAGUCCGUCUGUGUGAAGCAUGCUCACACAAGAAAUGUAUUUCCCACUUUGAUUGUGUUAUUUCUCUUUCACUUAAAUCACUUUUCGAACAUCAUGAAGCUUGUUAGCUUAUUCUAAUGGAAAGAAAUAAUUAGUAUUUCAGUCAGUCUGUCAGCUGAUUCGAGGGUAAUUUGCUUUAGUCAUUAUUGUUUUGCAAAAAAUGUAAAAUUAAGUGUGCCUGUGGUGCCAGCUUUUAAGGCACUAACAGCUGGUCUUGGCAGUGAAAACCAUGCCCCUAUUUUUCAUUAAAGUGGCACCAUUUCCUAAAUUAAUCCUGGUGACGUCAUUAGUUCUAGCAUUGCAAGACGUAUGUGAAGAGUGAGACUUUUGCACGGCUACAUUGGUGUUUGGACGGGAUUUAAAAAGUCUAAUCCCCUUACACCCCUAGAGCCAAAUUACUUUUGUAAAAAGACUUAUUAUGCCUGUUGUUUUUGAGUUUGCUAGUAGAGAAUGAUAUAGCACUGACCUUAUGUACAAAUAGAAAUAUAGCAACUGUUUAUUUCAAUGUGUAAUCUGCUGCAUUAUCUUUGAAGCUAGUGGGUGUGACUUGUGCUGAAAUCUUGCUGUAAGCUCAAAUAUUUUAUUAUAUUGUUCAUAUGUUAAAAAACUUUUUUUUUACUCAUAAGUGUCUAAAUUUGCUUGUUUUAUACAUUGUAGGCUAUGUGCAGAUUUAUUUUACAUAAUGGUACACCUAUUUCACUAAACAACGAUAUGUGACACAUUCACAGUUAAUAUACUUGUGGUUGAUUUCUUUGUUUUACAAAUGUCCUGUCAUUGCUUUGAAGAGGCUGGAAGCUACUGGUGUCAUACAACCAGUAAUUACCAUGUUGAUAUUAUCUUUUUGUAACCGUUCACUGUUAAUAAUUUUGUAGUUAACUCCUUUACUUUUUAACUGUUAGUUUAUUUAUUGUUUUCCUGCCCUAGUUUUUUGUAAUUAAAGGUUACCAAGACAUGG